AUGAAGACGAAAUCCACACCCGAGUACGCCGAAGUCACGGCCGACUUCAAACCCCUCCCAAAACACGGCCACCUCUCAGAGAAGAUCCCAGAGUAUGCAGCCGCCGAAGAUCAGAUCAGGGCUGGUUAUGAGCCUUUUUGGGGCGCCCCCGACUUUCCUUCCAUGCGCGCAGUUGCAGGCAAUGCCGAUGCUCCCAUGCCGCCUGGAGGACCGGAUCGCUACCGUGAUGUGGUGACCGAGUUGGUUCAGUUUCCGGUUCGUGAUGGGACUUUGGUUGAGCUCAAGGUUUACAAAUCACCAAAUGUUAUCGAGAAUGCUACUUUGACGUAUCGCAUGCACGGCGGUGGCAUGGUUGUUGGAAGCCAUGAAGUUGAUGGCGUCGAGAAUGUCUAUGCUGCUACCAACCCCGACAUUGUUGUUGUCAGCGUAGAUUACCGAUUGGCUCCGGAACACCCAUUUCCAAUCCCAUUCCAAGAUAGCUACGACGGCCUUCUGUGGUGCAAGGAGAAUGCAAAGACCCUUGGUGUAAACCCUGAAAAGAUUAUCCUGAGCGGAAGCAGCGCAGGAGGCAGUCUCGCCGCAACUGUUGCCGUUCAGGCUAGGGACGAUGGACUGACUGGAAUUGUUGCUCAAGUCUUGCAUUUUCCUCUGACCUGCCAUCCCAAGUUCUUCCCCAGGGAAAAGUAUGAGUUUGGAAGUUAUAUCCAGAAUUCUGAAAACCCUGUUCUUAGCUCCGUCAUUUACGAGUUGACCCUCGACGCGCACACUCCUAAUGCUGAGCAUGACUGGACGCAUUCGCCUCUUCUCGCCAAGUCACAUGCAGGCCUUCCCCCAGCCCUGAUUCAGUGUGCUGGUGGAGACAUUCUCCGCGAUGAUGCCUUUGCCUACGCCGAAGCCCUGGAGACCGAUGGAGUUGAAGUUGAGCUGCAUGCAUACGCUGGUGUGCCUCACUGUUUCCCUGUUAUUUUUGCACAGAUUCCCCAAGUUGCUACUUUCUACGAGAGAUAUACCAAGUUUCUAGAGAAGUAUGCUAAGUGA